CCUCACUGUCAUCAUCAAUCUCUUCCCCCAUCCACAUCCAUCACUCUCCAUCAUGGCUGAAACAUCAGCAGCACCAGCGACCAAGCCCGUCGUUAUGUUCAAAAAGGCCGGCAGGACGCGCCCUCAGAAGUCGUCCCGCAAACGCUCGGCAUCACCUGUUGCUGAAGAAGAGUCUGCCACCGACACCACGGUAGUGCGCCCAAAGGCUCGCUCGAUCGCCAACCCACUCGUGCAGGGAAGCAAGAGGAGACGGACAGAAGGCGAAACAGGCGGCCUGGACGAGUACGAGUUUGCAGCCGACGACGGGGGCGUGACGCGCGCAGACGAGUUCGCGACGCGCGACUCGAACUGGGAUCUUGAAAGCCUGGAGAAGAAGGGCAUAACCGUCAACGAUGACGGCGACAUCGUGCAAGCCGACGACGGCAUCUAUCGCGGCCAAAAGGGCUAUCUGCCCACGAUCAACAAGACGAGCUCGUCGCGCGACAGCAAGAUGAAGACGGGCCCUAUCCGCGCGACCGCCAACAUUCGCACUAUCACGCUCAUCGACUACCAGCCCGAUAUCUGCACGCCGUACAAGAACACGGGGUUUUGCGGGUACGGUGACUCGUGCAAGUUCUUGCACGACCGAGGCGACUACCUCGCCGGCUGGCAGCUCGACAAGCUCGACCCUGCCGAUCCCGAGGUCCAAGAGGUCGAGGAGGAAGAGGAGAUGCUUCCCUUCGCCUGCAUCAAGUGCCAGAAGGAGUUCAAGGACCCGGUCGUCACAAAGUGCGGGCACUACUUCUGCAUGCAGUGCGCGCUCGACUACUACAAGAAGCGCAACAAGUGCUACGCGUGUGGCGCGCGUACCGAUGGCAUCUUCACUCCUGCCGAGAAGCUGCUCCGAAAGCUCAAGGCCAAGCAGGAGCGCCGACGCGAGGAGAAGGACAAGUUUGACAAGGAGGGCGGAGGUGGCAUCGAGAUCGGUGGGGCCAGUGACGACGAAGAGGAAGGGGAGGGCGCCCCGAGCUAUCACGACGAGGACGAGUAGUCGUCAUCCACCUUCACGUUUCGCGCAUGCCUUCAGGAAUCUUCUUGCGGAGACGUCGCAUUGUAUACUAGACCAUAGCAUUUACCAGACCACUGCAUGUCACACGCAUAUUUGUAUCAAGUUUCAACUGCUGGUCAUCGAUGUACUCGG